GUUGUAAAUGCGGCUUGUAUUUAAUAUGCUAAUAUAAGAUUCGCCUCUCUUCUUUCUCCUUCCCAGUGCUCUCUAGGCAGCAUCAGGGUUUCUCUGCUACUUGUUGGAUUGUCGGUGCUCUAGCUUUAAUGGGGGACUCAGAAAAUGCUCAGCAGCCACCUUCGAAAAAGAGAGGUGCUUUGAAGGAGCUGUCACGUGACAACCCUGGUCUUGAUGAUGAUGAUCAAGACUCUACUGCUCUUGAGAGUGGUACCUUCAAGACUGCAAGUGAGGAGGCGUUGGCUACCAGAAGAAUCGUCAGAGGUGUUGGCUGCAAGAGUGGAACUGUUAUUACUGAAGAGGCUAAAGAUGACAAUGGCAACAGCAACACUGAUAAGGGUAGUGACUGUGGUGCUGACAAGAGUGAAGCAGUUGAUGGUGGAGAGACAGCUGAAGAUGGAACAAAAACAACAAUAGAGACUCAAAAGGCUAAAGAUGAUGAGGGGAGUGACUGUGGUGUUGACAAGGAUUCAGCUGGUGAUCAGACUGAGAAAGAAGGCACUGAUAACAGUGGAGCCUUUACCUCAUUCGAGCAGCAUUCAACUGGCAAAAACGCAUUCACAGGGUUCGCAAGUACAGGCUUCUUCUCCUUCGGUUCCGGGUCUCUGACUGAACAGCCAUCCUCUUCUGUCUUCGGUACAGAGAGCGCUGGAACUACUACCAUCUUCCCAUCAAAGGAAGAGGUUUCAGUGGAAACAGGAGAAGAGAACGAGAGAGCAGCCUUCACAGCAGCUGAUUCAGUAUUGUUCGAAUACCUUGAAGGGGGAUGGAAAGAGCGUGGGAAAGGAGAAGUCAAGCUAAACGUAUCGACAACCGAUAGCAGAAAAGCAAGGCUAUUAAUGAGAUCAAAAGGAAACUACAGGUUGAUCUUAAACGCAAGUCUAUACCCGGAGAUGAAACUGGCGAGCGUGGACAAGAAAAGCAUCACAUUUGCUUGUGUGAAUAGUGUAAGGGAAUCCAAGAGUGGCUUAUCUACGUUUGCUCUCAAGUUCAAGGACCCAGCCAUUGUGGAAAAGUUCAGAGAAGUUAUCGAAGAACAUAAAAAGAGUAAACCCGUUAGUGUAAAAGCAGCAGCAGCAGCGACACCUGAGAACUCGCCCGAGGGCUAAAGAAGAGCCUUUUGUUCUUGUCUUUAGUUGUUUGAGAGAGACAGAUCAUUUAAAACUCCUUAUGGGCUUCGUAAUCGUAUGAAUAUUGAAUGUGCCUGCUGUUGUCGUUAAUCUUUUUUUAUCUUAAACUCAAUAUCAAAUA